AUGCUCAUCACAGACAUUUACCUGGGACCAAUAGCCAACUUCCAGGUGCUCUUUGAAAGCAACAUGCACGGCGUUAACUUCCCCGACCAGGUCUUCAUCAUGACUCUGUGCUCCCAGGACAUCACAGUCACUCCAGCUUGCCUUCGGAGGUCACCGGCCUCACUAAUUAGCAAGAUAACAAUAAACAUUCUCAUGUAA